AUGUCGAGCUCCGUAACACGCCAGCUCGGCUCGAUUCUGCGAUCCGCAUCGAGAUCCGCUCUUGCAGGUUCAUCCAAGCAGAGCCUUGCGUCUGUUGCACCUCGAACUUACGGCCUCACCUCGGCAUCGCGAGUCAUGAGAUUCUCCACAGCCCGAACCGCCUUGAACUCUGCCGAAAAGAAGAAGCAGGACGAGACAAAGGCAUCUGGCGAGGCUAUGGGCGCCACCGACAAGGACGCGGCAGCCGGCGCUGGCAGCGAGGCGCUGCAAGCUCAGAUCAAGGAGAAGGAUGCCAAGAUCAAGGAAUUGCAAGAGGCCAUUCUGUACGGCAAGGCCGACUAUCAGAACCUGCAGCGACGAUCCAAGGACGAAAAGGCGCAAGCCGGUGACUUUGCCAUUACCAAGCUCGCCAAGGACCUCACCAGCUCGAUCGAUAUUCUCGGUCUGGCGCUCAAGUCGGUGCCCGAGGAACUUCGCACCGCACCCAAGGAUCUUGACUUGAAGGACCCUCGUCGUGUCGUUGCGGAUCUUUACUCGGGUGUCGACCUUACUUCCAAGUCGUUGCUCGACAUGCUCCGAACCCACGGCAUCGUCCAGUUUGAUCCCACCGGUGACAAGUUCGACCCCAAGGAACACGAGGCUCUGUACCAGGCACCCGUUCCGGGCAAGGAGCCUGGUACCGUGCUCGAAUGCAGCAAGGUAGGAUACAAGAUCAAGGACCGCCUGCUCCGAGCUGCCGAGGUCGGCGUGGUUCAGUCGACCGAAUAA